AUGGAGAAAAGUGAUAAAGACAGUAUCCCGUCAAAUGAAGCUAUAAUUGACGAGCUGACCAAAGAUUUAGAAAAUUCGUGCGUCAAAUCCGAGCCAGAGGAACAAAGUACCCAGGGAGUGAGUUCAGAGCCUGACUUUGAUUGCGAGGAGAAACCUCCGGAGAAAGAUUUUGAAUCAGCGAUAAAAGACUGCACAAAGGCUGUAGAAUUGAACCCAGCGUACCUAAAAGCUUACUUGAGACGCGCUCAGUUGUACGAGCAGACGGAUAAUCUUGACCAGUCACUGGCUGACUACAAGAAGAUCCUGGAACUGGACCCUGGUCACUCAGAAGCGCAUCACGCUGUUCGAAGAUUACCGCCGCUGAUUGAAGAAAAGAAUGAAAAACUCAAAGAAGAAAUGCUUGGCAAGCUAAAAGACCUCGGAAAUAUGAUUCUUAAACCAUUUGGACUGUCUACGAAUAAUUUUCAGUUAGAUAAAGACCCUUCUACUGGAGGCUAUUCUGUUAAAUUUAAUCAGGGUAACACUUAG